UAGCUGCCAGGGAGUGGUUUCUUCUUCCUAUGUACUUUCACUUUCUAUUUUAGCUAAUAUAAGGAGAGACAAGUAGAAAGAGAAACAAGAAGGAGUGAGAGGCGACUGGGAACUAUACUUAAGUGCACUGGAACAGCUGAUACAAGAAGAGACAAGCAAGUGCAAAGAGAAACAGCAAAAGCUUGGCAAGCUGCUAUGGCAUCUGGACCUAAAAUGUCGGCCCCCCAGUGUCUGAUAGAAAAUGUUAAUCAGCACCUGUCUGUGAACCAGGAAGCCAUACAGAUUCUUGGCAGGAUUUCUAAUCCAGUGGUGGUGGUAGCCAUUGUUGGACUGUACCGUACUGGAAAGUCCUACUUGAUGAACCGCCUGGCAGGAAGGAACAGUGGUUUCCCUCUGGGCUCCACAGUGCAAUCUGAAACCAAGGGCAUCUGGAUGUGGUGUGUGCCCCACCCCACCAAGCCAAAUCACACUCUGGUCCUUCUAGACACAGAGGGUCUGGGUGAUGUGGAAAAGGGCGACUCUGUGAAUGACUCCUGGAUCUUCGCCUUGGCUGUGCUUCUGAGCAGCACCUUUGUCUACAACAGCAUGGGCACCAUCAACCACCAGGCCCUGGAGCAGCUGUAUUAUGUGACAGAGCUCACAAAACUAAUCAGGGCAAAGUCCUCCUCAAAUUCUGAUGGAGUAAAAGAUUCCACAGAGUUUGUGAGUUUCUUCCCCAGCUUCAUCUGGACUGUACGGGAUUUCAUGCUGGAGCUGAAGUUGGAAGGUCAGCCCAUCACAGAGGAUCAGUACCUGCAGAAUGCUUUGAAGCUGAUUAAAGGUAACAAUCCCAAAGCACAAAAAUCCAAUCUUGCCAGGGAGUGCAUAAGGAAUUUCUUUCCAGAGCGGAAGUGUUUUGUCUUUGAUCGGCCAACGAAUAACAGAGAUGACCUACUCAAACUAGAGAAUCUCUCAGAAGACCAACUUGAUCCUCAAUUCCAAAAACAAACACAUGAUUUCUGUUCUUAUGUCUUCACUAAUGCAAAAGUCAAGACCCUCAAAGAAGGAAUUGUGGUUACUGGGAAUCGGCUGGGGGCUCUGGUGGAGACCUACGUGAAGGCCAUCAACAGUGGGGCAGUGCCUUGCUUGGAGAACGCAGUGACCACUCUGGCCCAGCGUGAGAACACAGCAGCUGUGCAGAAGGCAGCUGACCACUACAGCGAGCAGAUGGCCCAGCGCCUGCAGCUUCCCACAGACUCGCUCCAGGAGCUGCUGGAGGAGCACGCGGCCUGCGAGAAGGAGGCCAUCGAAGUCUUCAUGGAGUGCUCUUUCAAGGAUGAAGGGAAGUUCCAGGAGGAGCUAGUGAAAAUUAUCGAGAAGAAGAAGGAUGAUUUCUUACUGAAGAAUGAAAAGGAAUCUGACCAGUACUGCCAGGAUAAACUAAAUCUACUUUCAAAAGCAUUAAUGGAAAACAUUUCAACAGGAACAUUUUUUGUUCCUGGAGGGUACCAACUAUACAUGGAAGCAAGGAAAAAAGUUGAAGAGGACUAUAGGCAAGUGCCUAGGAAAGGAGUCAAGGCAGAGGAAGUCUUUAAGAGGUUCCUGGAGUCACAGGCAGCAAUAGGGAAAUGCAUCCUGCAGUCAGAUAAAGCUCUCACUGCUGAUAAAAAGACUAUAGAAGCUGAGAUGGCCAAAAGGAAGGCAGCUGAGAAGGAACAGGAACUUUUAAGACAGAAAGUACAGGAACAAGAGCAGAAGAUAGCAGCUCAGGAGAAGACUUUCAGAGAACAUCUGGAACAACUAGAAAAGAAACUGAAACAAGAGUACGAAAACAGUCUGAAAGAUGAGGAAAAAAUAUUGGAUCAUCAACUGAAGUUGCACAGGGAUUACUUUGAAGAAGGACUUUGGGAGAAAUCUGAGGCAGCAAAUGAAGAGGCAAAGAAUUCACAGAAAAAGAUUGAAGCAAUGAAAAAACAUAAUGAAGCUUUCAUUAAAGGAAUUUUGACUAGCUUUUGUCUUGGGAUGUUUUUAGGAUUGUUUAUUUCUGGUGUAGCACUUGGCACAACUGCAUUUAGCAUCUUUGCCAUCUUUCGUUACAUGAGCUUGCUCUACAUUUAAGGAAAUGAGAGAUUUUUAGUAUUUGCUUUGUUUUAUUUUUAGUGCACAUGGUUUUCAUUUGCACUCAAUAAAAUUUUAAAACAAAUAGUGCAUAUUAGAGAAUAUCACUGUCUGGUCAACAUUACACAGAACAAAUGCAUGCAUCUCUUGAAAGACAAUGUUAUCUUUUUGGAAACAAAGGCUUGCAAUAAAAUAUCUGCACCAGAGGCCCACUGACUUUUACUUUUCAUGGAAAACACUUGAAAUAAUGUCAGUGUCAUAAUAUGUGCUUCACAAUGUCAAUUUAAGUCUGGUUUAUAUUGGAACAAAUAUAAUAAAAGACAGUGGAGGUCUGUUUGACCAAACAGACAAUUGUCUUUGGUAUAUUGUAAAAUUCAAAUAAAAAGUAAAAAACUAACAAAUAAA